AUGCAGGAGGAGGGCUCAGUAGAUGGGAAGCCAUGCCACCUGACAGUGGACACUGGAGCUGAGAAGACCCUAGUGCGGCCUAAUAUGUUGGCCAUUACGCGACUUCCAGACGCACCACAGAGAUUGUGUGGUGUCACGGGGCAUUGUGUGCAGCUCAAGGGGCCAGUGGAGGCUCGUAUUGGCGUGGGCAGCACGGUGCAGCGGCUGCCGGUUUAUGUGGCCGAUAUGGAUGAGCCCUGCUUGCUGGGCCUUGACUACCUGACGCAGAGUAAGGCGUGUGUCAACCUUGGACGGAAGCUGGUGAGGGUGCACGGAGAAGAUGUGCCCUUGCUUCCAGAAGUUGGCUGUGCAGAGGUAGUAACGGCUGAGCGGCUGCACCUUGCCCCCAGGACAGAGUCUAGAAUCCGCUGUCGACUGUCAAGAGUGAUGCGUGGAGUAGAGGGCCUAGUGGAGCCCAUCCAAAACCUGCAGCUGGCUGAUGGCGUAGCAGUUGGGCGGAGCCUUGUUGGAGCGGGGGAGGGGUUAGUUACAGUGUUGGUAGCUAACUUCUCUGAUAAGGCCCAGAAGGUGCCAGCUGGAGCAAAGCUGGGCACUUGUGAGGAAGUGGAGCAUCCAGAAGAGUCGUCGGGGAGCGAGGAGUUGGUCGGUGUAAGGCCGUUGCCUGACUUCCUCGAGGAUUUGGCGCAACAGAGCGCCGCUUACCUGACUGAGGCACAGACAGAGAAGAUGCGCCACACCCUGGCUCAGUAUGCAGAUGUGUUUAGCAGGGGUGACUUGGACCUAGGCCGCACAGGAUUAGUGAAGCACUGCAUUAACACUGGAAGUAGUUUGCCCAUCAAGAGCCCCCGCGACGUAUUGCACCAACCAGGCGAGAAGAGAUGCAGCACACUGUCAAUGAGCUGGCGGUGCAGGGGAUGA